UUCACCCAUCAAUUGAGUUCUUCGUCAUUGUCGUCAUAUGCUCCAGAGCGAUUUGGAGUACUAGAGUCCACAUCUCUUGUCGCGUACAUCGCCAUCGGCGUUUCUAGAACAGCUGCAUCUUUCUAAUAAUACUUCGAACUAGUUCACGGACAUGCCACUUCACUUGCUUGGUAAAAAGUCAUGGAACGUCUACAACCCAGCAGCAAUCGCGCGCGUCAAGGCGGACGAGGCAGCUGCCGCCGCCCGAGAAGCUGCGGAGGAGCAGCGCAUGCAGGAGGUUGAUGCCGCACGUCGAGCAGCUAUUCUUCGAGGACAAACGCCCCCACCUUUACCCGAUGAGGAGUCUACACACAAUGAGAGGCGACCGGAACGGGAGAAGGAUGGCCGAGAGCGAAAAAGAAGACGUUUGCAUGGAGAAGAUGAUACAGACAGGGACAUUCGGCUGGCGCGAGUCACAACAGGGCCCAAGGACGAAGAAACAGUAUCUACGCUGAAGCUUAGGCGGCCAGAAAGCGAUGCGCCAUUGACGGACCACGCUGGCAAUAUCAACCUCUUUCCGAUUGAUCUCAAGGAGGCUGGAAAGCGUGAAAAGAACGAGGAAGCAGAGAAGGAGAGAAAGAAGAAGGAGCGCGCCUUCGAGGAUCAAUACACAAUGCGAUUCUCCAAUGCCGCUGGACAAAAGGGAACUUUGCAACAACCUUGGUACGCGACAGCAGACAACAGCCGAGAUGAUCCAAACACCAAAUCCGGAGAUCAAACUAUCGCCUACGCUGGUUUCGAGACUAAAGAUGUCUGGGGAAACACAGAUCCUCGCCGCAAAGAGAGGGAGCAGGCGCGGAUGGCCUCAAAUGACCCACUUGCGUUCAUGAACAAGGCCCAGGUGCAGCUCAAGAAAAGCAAGGCAGACCGGAAGAAAUGGGCGGAGGAUCGAGAUCGUGAGCUCCGCGGGAUGAGACUAGCCGAGGAACGGGAGCAUAGAAGAGAGAGGCAUACUAAACGCAGGCAUCGCAGAGAAGAUGAUGACGACUUAACAGAUGACACUUCUAGAGAAAGGCACAGGCGAGAUCAUUCUUCUAAGGACAGACACCGACAAAGAAGUCAUAGUCAUGAUCGUAGGCGACAUGAUAGGAAAUCAUCACACCGAGAUCGAAAGCGUAGCAGAAGUCGAAGUCGAAGUCGAGAUCGAGAGCACCACAAAAAGAAAGAUGAUAUGAAGUCUCGUCGCAACGACCGACACGGCGAUGUGAGAGAAGAGCAUCGCACAUAGAGGCUUCUACGAAAAUCCCUUUGGAUGACUUCAGGGCCUGCUGGUAUAUCCAGGAAUCAGAGGUCUGAACCCCUGCCACCUAGUCAAUUCUGGCUAGGGAUGGAUGCAUUUUCAUCAUAGUCUUCAGCUUUGAAUGCUCAACCAUGCAC